AUGCACUUUAAUGGAAAUAUGUUUUGGUUUUUGAUUGUUUGUAUGUUUGUUGAUUGUUUACACUCGACACAGGUAAAGAGAGAAAAAAAGAUUUUGCAAAGAGGAAAACGAAUUAGUACCUUUGAAGAUGAAGGCAUCAAGUGUUUGAUGUGUGUAUGGACGGCUCAAGAACCUUGUGUUUAUGAGGUCGUCACUUGCAGCAGAGGGGAGGUAUGUGGUCAAGUUAUCGUUGAAGGUAACAAAAGAUACAAUGGAUGUCUACACCAAUCGUUGUGUUCUUUAACCCAUGGGAAAUGUUGUCAAGACCCUCUGUGUAAUUGGAAAUUUUAA